CUUGAAGUUGAAGACUUUCUCACGACAGAAGCAGAAGCCCAGGUCAAGCCCAGGUGGAGGGCGGUGCUUCAAAGCCGUUCACAGAUACGCCUGAAAGCAGAGCGAGAUGGCCCUUGCGUCCGGAAGGAUGCGUCUGCAGCCACUUCUUAGGCAAGGCGCCAGGCUCGCAGCAAGCCUGCAAACGAGCGGCAGAGGCGCUGCUGCUCUGGAAGGGGAUGCUUUUUCAGCAGCAUCGCUGGCAACUGAAAGGCCAGCGGCAGUGACCGCCACAUGGGGACGCUCGCUUGGCACAGCCGCUGCUUUGGCUGAUGAGGAGCCCCCUCCCGCUGCUCAGCCUCCUGCUGAGGACGAGGAAGAGGUUGGCAUCAACCUAAAAGGCGUGCACAUGCUGGGGAGGCCGCUCUAUCUGGACAUGCAGGCAACCACGCCGGUUGACCCCCGCGUGCUCGACGCCAUGCUGCCAUACUACUUAGAUCAGUAUGGCAACCCACACUCAAGGACGCACAUGUAUGGGUGGGAGAGUGAGAGCGCGGUGGAAAAGGCUAGACAGCAAGUGGCUGACCUGAUUGGCGCCAGCCCCAAGGAGAUUGUCUUCACCUCAGGCGCGACUGAGUCCAACAACAUCGCGACCAAGGGCGUGGCCCACUUCUACAAGGGCAAGAAGCGCCACAUCAUCACCACGCAGACGGACCACAAGUGCGUGCUCGACUCCUGCCGGUACCUUCAGCAGGAAGGCUUCGACGUGACGUACCUUCCCGUCAAGCAGGACGGGCUGAUCGACCUAGAGCUUCUCAAAAACACCAUCACCCCCGAGACGGUGCUCGUGUCGGUGAUGGCGGUCAACAACGAGAUCGGGGUGGUGCAGCCGCUGGCAGAGAUCGGGCAGAUCUGCAGGGAAAGGAAGGUCUUUUUCCAUACGGACGCAGCGCAGGCCGCGGGGAAGAUCCCGGUCGACGUGGACGCUAUGAAGAUCGACCUCAUGUCGCUGAGCGGCCACAAGCUGUACGGCCCCAAGGGCGUCGGCGCGCUCUACAUCCGGCGCCGCCCGCGCGUGCGCAUCGAGGCGCAGAUGAGCGGGGGCGGCCAGGAGCGGGGCCUGCGCAGCGGCACCAUUCCGACGCCGCUCGUCGUGGGCUUCGGGGCGGCGUGCAGUAUAGCACAGGAGGAGAUGGCCCGUGACCGUGCCCACGUGGACCGGCUGUCGCAGCGGCUGCUGGACGGAAUCCGGUCGAAGCUCGAGGGCGUCGUUCUGAACGGAUCAGAGGAGCAUCGCUACCCGGGCAACGUCAACCUGUCUUUUGCGUACGUAGAAGGUGAGAGCCUGCUGAUGGGGCUCAAGGAAGUCGCCGUCUCCAGCGGGAGCGCGUGCACGAGCGCCAGCCUGGAGCCCAGCUACGUCCUCCGGGCGCUCGGGGUCGAAGAAGACAUGGCGCACACGUCUAUCCGAUUCGGUGUCGGACGGUUCACGACCGAGGAGGAGAUCGAUCGUGCAGUCGAGCUGACGGUCGCGCAGGUGAACAAGCUGCGGGAGCUGAGCCCGCUCUGGGAGAUGGUCCAGGAGGGGAUAGACAUAAAGAGCAUCCAGUGGGCGCAGCACUAGGUGCGGCCGCGUCAGCGUAGGGCGGGGGAGUCAGGAUGCGGUCUGUUCGGAGAGUCGAUCAAAAUGAACUCUUUGGCAUUCCGAUC